CCAGGAAUGUAGGUCAAUCGCAGCCCCGCUGCCGACAGUCUCCCACCUCAUCCGAAGGCAAAGGGGAGACGGACGAUGAUGUUGUUAUGCUAGAGCAAUUACCCGUGGCACCUGUGUGUGAGAUGACGGAUUCGGAGGGAAAAACGGCGGGCGUGGAGGAGAAAAAGGGAGGAAGGAAGCGACCAAGACCGAGGGCCAUGUGCCUCAGGUUGCAAGCUGCGCAAGGAUGGGAAGAAGGUGACAAGAUACCGGUACAAAUAAAAAAACGUGGUGAAGGCGCGGCAGGAGGAGGAGGAGGAGGAAGAGGCAGUGGAUACGGAGAGUGGCAACUGAGUGUCACGCAGGACACCGAGGUGGAAGCGUCCAUGCAUGAAUGGAGGCAAUUGGUCCUGGAAGAGGAAGGCAGUGAUCAAAAGGCUUACGUGGACGCAUGCUUCCCGCCAGACUUGAGCGCGUUGACGGGGCGAGCGCAGGAUAGGGGGAGGACGGGAGGGGAGGAGGGGAAGGAGCGGGGAGCGGCAGGGAAGGAAGGAGGGAAGGAUGGA